AUGGCUUUGGAUAAUCGGUUUUGGAAGAACGUAACCAUGUGCCUCAAAGUUGUCGCCCCUCUUAUGGUGGACUCAGAUGCAAAACCCACCAUGAGUUUCAUAUAUGAAGAGAUGGAAAAUGCAAAAGAGAAGAUAAAAUACAACUUUAAUUACACCAGGAAAAGCUAUGAGCCCGUUUGGAAAAUUAUUGAUGAGAGGUGGGAUCAUCAACUUCACAGGCCUUUGCAUGUAGCUGCAUAUUAUCUUAAUCCUUAUCUACAUUAUGAACCUAUUUUCAGACAUGAUGACCAUCAGGUGAAAGAAGGAUUGCACAUAGGGCUUUUCUCUAUGGAAGAGGCAAAGGAUAGUAGAAAAGUUAUGCAACCUGGAGAAUGGUGGGAGAUGUUUGGUGAUGGAACCCCAGAGUUGAGGAGAUUUGCUAUUCGUGUUUUAAGCUUGACUUGUAGCUCUUCUGGGUGUGAGCGUAAUUGGAGCUCAUUUGAAAUGGUUCAUACAAAGAGAAGAAACCGCUUACAUCAACAGAAAAUGAAUGACUUGGUUUAUGUGAUGUAUAACUUAAAGUUAAAAAGUAAACAAAAUAGAAAAAACAUUCCUCUUCCAUUUGAUGAGAUUGAGUUUGAUGAUGAAUGGAUAACUGAAGAGGGAUAUAAUGAUGAGGAUGAACAACCUCAAGGUGAAGGUGAUGGUGGCAAUGUUGAAUUAGUGGGAGAUGAAGACCUUGAUGAUGAUGGAGAUGGGGAUGAAAGUGAUGAUAUUCAUGGAGAUGAUCCUAUUAGAGGAUUGGACAUGAUUCUUUGA